GACAGACAGACAUCUUGGUAAAUCUAUAAGGCCAUCUUAAAAGGCCUAAAAAUCUGCCCUCUUGUGCAUUGCUGAAUUUUAUCGUCAAAGUUGACGUGAUUUCUAAGCAACUUCCCCCAGGCCCUUAAAAUUAACAGUUAAUGACAGGCACAGUUGUUUGAUUUACUAAAAAAAUUAGUGUAAACUUUCGUGGUUGUUGCAUGAUCAAACUAAAUUUUUUUCUGGAAAUUUAGUAAUUUGUCUGAAAACGAAAAUGUUCGUCGAACUUAUUGUCCUCAUUUCCAUUGUUUCUGUUAUUUGGUCCCUUCUGAAUUCACGAUUUAUGAAGAAUUAUCCUCCUGGACCAUCCCCAAUUUUUCCGCUCAUUGGGAACAUACCACAAUUAAUAGCCUACAACAAAGGCACCAUGAUUGAGUCCUUCGCCGCAUUGAAACUUGAUUAUGGGCCACUAAUUUUCAUAAAACUUGGAAACGUUACACAAUUAUUAAUUCAAGACUUGGAACUCAGUAAGGAAUGCCUUUCCAGUGAUAAUUGGAUCGAUCGACCUUUUGAUGAAUUGAUUGGAGACCGCUCUUUCGGAAAAUCAUUGGGAAUAAUUUUCUCUUCCGGUAACAAUUGGAGAGAAAUGCGUCGUUUUACAACCAGAACUUUACGAGAUUUCGGUUUUGGCAAAAACAAAAGUAUGGAAUCCGUAAUUGAUGAAGAAAUUAGUUUACUAUUUACCAAAAUGGAUCACGCCGCCAAUUCUGGAGAAGCUUUGCCAAUGCGACAAUUUUUCACUGUAUCAAUCCUAAAUAUUUUGUGGAGUAUGGUGGCAGGCGUUAGAUUCGCGCAUGAUGACGGUCGGUUAAAAACUUUGAUUCAAUUGUUGGACGAAACUACAAAAAAUUCUCCAGUCGAGACAAAUAUUGCGCAAAUGUUCCCCGUUUUAUGGAACGUGAUCAAACACACGCCAAAGAUGAAGAGUAGGAGCGUAUUUCAUACACGAUUACAAGCAUUUUUUAGGGAAUUAAUUCAAGAACGGAGAGAAUCUCGAAAUCCUAACGAAGAACCGAAAGAUUUCAUUGAUGUUUUUCUCAAGGAGAUUGAGCAGCAAAAGGAUGCCGGAGUUGAGGCGUCGUAUUUCAAUGAGGAACAAUUUAUUGUGACGCUUUACGAUUUAUUCGUGGCUGGUGCGGAGACGACGUCAAACACGUUGGAAUUUGGCAUGCUUUACAUGCUUCUGAACCCCAUAGAACAGCAAGGCGUCAGAGAGGAGAUUCAUCGUGUCGUGGGAAAAAGUAGACGACCAACGAUGGCAGAUAGACAGCAACUUCCGUACACCGAAGCCACACUGUUGGAAAUACAGCGUAUGGCGAGUGUAGUUCCAGUAUUGGUUCGAUCAGCAAAUGAAGAUACCACAUUGUCUGGAUACAAUGUGCCAAAAGGAACCGUGGCCGGAUUAAACCUGUUUGGCAUUCAUCACUCCCAAAAGACAUGGAGGGAUCCAUUAAAUUUUCGCCCGUCCCGGUUUCUCGCUGGUCGACAGUUAAUAAACACCAACAAACUCCUUCCAUUUGGUCUCGGAAAAAGGUUAUGCCUCGGUGAACCUCUCGCUAAAGCGUCGCUUUUCAGCUAUUUCGCCACCAUUAUGCAACAGUACAUCAUAAUGCCGGCAAACGGUACGCCCUCGACACAACCGGUGAAUGGAUUUACACUGUCGCCACGACCAUAUUCUAUUCACCUUGAGAAGAUCACAUAGUUGAGUUUAGUAAUUUUCGUAAUAUAAAAUUCAUUAUUUUGUUAAACACAAACAUUAAUUAAAUGUAUGUAUGUGUUUAUUUUCAAUAAAGUUAAUUAUACUUUAUUUUCAUAGCUGACAAAAGUUGGAGCAUGCUAAAAAAUAAUACAAUAAUGUAAUAAAUGAGAAUUAUAACUGGACAUAAUGCGCACUUUU